AUGAUGCGUCAAGUGAUUGGUAUGAUCAGACACUCAGAAUCCAGAAUCCUCGAGAAGACUGAUCAUGCUGAUCAGACAAAGGAGUUAAGGAUCAAUUCAUUCAAUUUGAAGUAUGUUGGAGCGGUGAAAGAAUUAAAGAACAUGCAAAAGGAACAACAUGCGCUGUUUGUUAUGGACAAUGAUUAUGCUACUCUGAAUAAGAAAGUCGAUAUCAUUUGUGAUGCUGUCACGAAGUAUGUGACGUUGUAUGAAAGCUUUAGACCUCAAAUUACUCAACUUUCUACAACUUUCAAUCAACAAUUUGGGUAG